AAACCCAAGAAGAAGAAGAAGAAGGUCUCCUCCUGCCUUCACUCUUCCGAGAGAGAAGAAGAAGAAACCCAAAGAAGCCAUGGCAGCUGCUUCAACUGCACCCAACUCUAGUGGAUGGGCUAAAGCCCAUUUCUCAUCCUCUUCAAAUUCUCUAAUGGAUUUGGGCUUCAUCUCCCUGAAGAAGAAGAAGCCCAACAAAAAGAGAGGCAGCUUUAACAUACACUCUACUUUACACUCUCCUUCAGUGCUUCAUUUCCCAAAUCAGCCCUACCAACAACCGGUAAUUACCAAAAAUGACACCCCCGUUAAGCCCAAGACCCACCAGCAACCCGCACAGUGGAAUUUACUACAAAGAGCCGCCGCCAUGGCGUUGGACAUGGCCGAAGGCGCGUUGGUCUCACGCGAGCUCCGACACCCACUUCCCAAAACCGCCGACCCACAAGUCCAAAUCGCCGGAAACUUCGCUCCGGUACCGGAACAACCAGUCCGGCGAGAACUCCCUGUCACCGGCGCAAUCCCAGAAUGCAUUAACGGCGUUUACCUCCGCAACGGAGCCAACCCUCUGUUCGAGCCCGUCGCUGGGCACCACUUGUUCGACGGCGACGGCAUGGUUCACGCCGUCAGCAUCAAUGACGGCUCCGCCAGCUACGCUUGCCGGUUCACCGAGACGCAGAGGCUCGCCCAGGAGCGAGAACUCGGCCGCCCGGUCUUUCCCAAGGCCAUUGGUGAGCUCCAUGGGCACUCCGGCAUCGCACGCCUUAUUCUGUUCUACGCCCGCGGGCUUUUCGGGCUUGUGGAUCACAACAACGGCACCGGAGUCGCCAACGCCGGAUUAGUGUACUUCAACGACCGGAUUCUCGCCAUGUCGGAGGACGACUUGCCUUAUCAGGUCCGAAUCACUCCCUCCGGCGACCUCGAAACCGUUGGCCGUUACGAUUUCGAUCACCAGCUCAAGUCCACCAUGAUUGCUCACCCAAAAGUGGACCCGGUUUCCAAGGAGCUUUUUGCUCUCAGCUACGACGUCGUUCAGAAGCCGUACCUCAAGUACUUCAAAUUCUCUCCGGACGGGAAGAAAUCCCCCGACGUUCAGAUUCCCCUCCCGGUGCCUACCAUGAUGCACGACUUCGCAAUCACUGAGAACUUCGUGGUGAUUCCAGACCAGCAAGUGGUGUUCAAGCUCCAGGAAAUGAUUACCGGUGGCUCUCCGGUGAUUUACGACGACAAGAAGAAGUCUCGGUUCGGGAUUCUAGCGAAGAAUGCCCGUGAUGCCUCGGAUGUCAUCUGGGUUGAGUCGCCGGAUACUUUCUGCUUCCAUUUGUGGAAUGCUUGGGAGGAGCCGGAGUCCGACGAGGUCGUGGUGAUUGGGUCAUGCAUGACACCGCCGGACUCUAUCUUCAACGAAUGCGACCAGACCCUCGAGAGUGUGCUCUCUGAAAUCAGGCUCAAUUUGAAGACCGGAAAAUCCAUACGCCGACAGAUCCUCUCCACAUCCGAGCAGGUGAACUUAGAGGCCGGGAUGGUGAACCGAAACAAGCUUGGGAGGAAGACAAGGUACGCCUACCUCGCCAUUGCCGAACCGUGGCCGAAGGUGUCGGGAUUCGCCAAGGUCGAUCUUUCAACAGGAGAGGUGAAAAAGUUUACUUACGGUGAUCGGAAAUACGGCGGAGAACCUUGUUUCUUGCCAAGAAACCACACUUCAGAAAACGAAGACGACGGAUAUAUUCUUGCUUUCGUCCACGACGAGAAGACAUGGAAAUCGGAGCUCCAGAUCGUGAACGCCAUGAAUUUACAGCUUGAAGCUUCAGUAAAGCUUCCCUCCAGGGUGCCGUACGGUUUUCAUGGCACUUUCGUAGACUCAAAGGACUUAGAAAGUCAGGCAUAGGUGUAAAAGUAGUAAGGAGAAUUUUACCAGAGGGAUGCUUGCAGAUUGGUCCCCGGAUAUAUUCUCCUGGAAGAACAUUUAAACCCCUAGAACACUUUCAUAUAUAUAUAUAUAUAUAUAUAUAUAUGAUACUAGUUUUUCAGGACCAGCUUGUAGCUUUUGGCCUUUAGGUAGAUUUCGAGCUCAGCUGGUUUCUGUUUGGUUUUGGAUACAUUUUCUCUGUGCUAUGAAUGAAGAUCUCUGGCUCUUAGAUCUUCCUCUGUUUACUUUUGCUUGAAAAUAUUAAAUAUUUGCAAUUAAUUUCACAC